AUGUCCUUCGCAACAAGAGUCGCCAUCGAUUCCGACGCCGACAUGGAAGAGCACAUUCCCGACACCGUGCGAGAAGAAGAGGAGGCGGAGGUGGAGGAGGAAAAGACUCCAUGGCCUGAUCUCCUCCCCGAACUCCUCGAUUUGGUGUCCUUGCACCUCUCGGCCCCGGACUUUUCCUCCUUCCGGCGGGUGUGCACGUCGUGGCGGUCCAUCACGAACCCCGUACUCCGCCUCCUGCCUCCCUCGGCCGACUUCUUCCGCCGCGGCACGCCGAUCUUGGCCACCGUGCACGACGACUUCUGCAGUUUCUUCGACCCCAUCCACAACGCGGCCCUCCGGGCCGACUUCCCCGAGCUCGCCGGGACGCGGCUCCGCGUGGCGGGCGCGGGGGACUGGCUGCUGCUGACCCGGGGCAAGCAGGGGGUGUUCUUCUUCAACGUGUCCGAGCGGGUCACGGUGCCGCUUCCCGACCUCGACAUGUUCGCCAUCGACGUGGUGUGCUUCUCGGGCCCGCCGGACACGCCGGGCUGCACCGUGAUCGCCGCGACGCACUCCCUGCGGGAAAUCUACUCCCUCAGGCGAGGCGAGGCGGCGUGGACGUACCACGAGUUCGAGCACAAACGGUCCUACGCUGCAAACUGCGCGCCGGUGAUGCUCGGUGACCGUUGCUACAUGCUGCGCAGCCGUGGCGACACCGUGGGGUUCGACUACAAGGAGUGGGAAGACCUUGGGGACGAUGAUUGUUAUUACCACGACAUGUACGCGGACCGGCCGGAGCCGCUCCGCAAGUGGCGGCGCGGGCGGAUCGACCAGUGUUUCCUGGCGGAGGACGGGGGCGAGCUGUUGGCGGUUUUCUUGGGCUACGACGAGACCCGGGUGAGCGUUUUCGGCCUCGACGUGGGGGCGAAGACCUGGAGAAAAGUGGACAGACUGGAGAACAAGAUGAUGUUCAUAAGCCAAGGGUCGUGCUUGGUGGUUGAUGCCGUCGUUAGGGGGACCGGCAACAAGAUCUAUCUUCCGAAAUCGAGGGGCGGCCACGGCAUGUUCUACUCGUUCGCGACGAACAAGUUCCACACUUUCCUCGACGACUUGCCGCGGAAACGGUCGGAGUUCAUCAAGGAAGUGAAACCGAGCUGUGCUUGGAUUCAAGUCCCGGCCGGAGCUCGAAACAUCAAGCCGUUUACUUGGUGA